GCCUCUCUCUCUCUCUCUCUCUCUCUCUCUCUCUCUCUCUCUCUCUCUCUCUCUCUCUCUCUCUCUCUCUCUCUCUCUCUCUCUCUCUCUCUCUCUCUCUCUCUCUCUCUCUCUCUCUCUCUCUCUCUCUCUCUGUCUCUCUCUCUCUCUCUCUCUCUCUCUCUCUCUCUCUCUCUCUCUCUCUGUCUCUCUCUCUCUCUCUCACUCACUCUCAUUUUAUUUUAAUAACGUAUGGCAAUUAUAAAAGUCAAUGUAAGGAUUUCCUCUCUGUUAGCGCCUCAUGUUUUCGUUAGGACAUUCAGUUUUUUAAUGCGCGUGAUUUCGUGUUGUACUUACAUACUGACAUCUAGUGUAUGUAUCAGGUUAGUGUUCUCAUUAUUUACUUACCAUGAUACAAUGUUUAGAUACCACGAGUACAUACUUUUCAAGUUAAUAUCUUAAAUAAUGAAUAGCUCUUUUUAAUAGUUUAGCAAUAACUAAACGUGUAGUUUAUCUACCAUUUAAACCUUUUUCAUUGAAACUACUUCAGAUAUAUUCAUAUAUUUCAUAUUUUCCUAGAUAUCUUUAUAACCUUGAAAAAGCGGUAACAACACAUGUCCACAAGCUGUUAUUUAAUAAUAAUUGUUAUAUUUGUGUGGAGAUCAGUAAAAGAACAGUUUAUUUAAUUGAUUUAUUUUAUUUAUUUCGUUUAUUUUGACACGCGUUCAGCAGACGCGCAUGCGGGACUUUUAUGUUGACACGCAGUAGGUCGGAGAAAUUUUUUGCGUAUCGUCACGUGCUUCACAUCAUCCCUACAGCUCACAUUUACGUCUAUUUACAUCGCUGUUUUUAUUAAAGUUUAGUCUAGUUUAUAUGUGGAUGAGCAUGAUGAGUUUGGCCUCCACAUCAUGCGAAAAAACACCAGGAUCCAAGAAAAAAAGCGAGAAGAAGACCGCGUCCAAAGAGGAAUACAGAUUACUGUCCAAUAUCAUGGGAGUGAUGAAUAACCUGAGGAAACAGGGAAUCCUGUGUGAUGUCAUCCUGGUGGUUCAGGGGAAACACAUCCUGGCACACAGAGUGGUGCUGGCAGCUGCCAGUCACUUCUUCAACCUCAUGUUCACAUCAAGUAUGAUGGAGGCCACGAAUCAUGAGGUGGAGCUCGGUGGAGCUGAGCCGGAGAUCAUUGAGUCACUGGUGGAGUUUGUCUACACUGCGCGGAUUUCAGUGAACAGUAAUAAUGUUCAGUCUCUACUGAACGCUGCUAACCAGUACCAGAUCGAGCCGGUGAAGAAAAUGUGUGUGGACUUCUUAAAGGAACAGGUCGAUGCCACCAACUGCUUAGGCAUCAGUGCCCUGGCCGAGUGUCUAAAUUGUCCUGAGCUGAAGGUCGCUGCAGACGAUUUCAUCCACCAGCACUUCACAGACGUCUAUAAGAUGGAUGAGUUUCUCCAGCUGGAUGUUAAACAGGUGACAUACCUGCUCCAGCAGGACACACUCACCGUCCGAGCGGAAGACCAGAUAUAUGACGCGGCCGUGCGCUGGCUCAAGUAUGAUGUGUUGAAUCGGCAGCAGUACAUUGUGGACAUUUUGGGAAAAGUUCGAUUUCCUCUCGUAUCCAAAAACUUCCUCAGUAAAACGGUCCAGGCUGAGCCGCUGAUUCAGGACAAUCCAGAGUGCUUGAAGAUGGUCAUCUGUGGGAUGCGUUAUCAUCUGUUGUCUCCGGAGGACCGUGAGGAACUCGGUGAAAGCAGUCGACCUCGCCGCAAGAAACACGACUAUCGCAUCGCUCUGUUCGGUGGCUCGCAGCCUCAGUCCUGUCGAUACUUUAACCCAAAGGACUACAGCUGGACGGACAUUCGCUGUCCCUUCGAGAAACGACGAGACGCCACGUCUGUGUUUUGGGAUAAUGUUGUUUACAUUCUGGGCGGCUCUCAGCUCUUCCCCAUUAAACGCAUGGACUGUUAUAAUGUUGUGAAGGACAGCUGGUACUCUAAACUCGGACCCCCCAAUCCACGAGACAGUCUGGCCGCCUGCGCCUCGAAAGGAAAGAUCUACACCUCAGGAGGAUCUGAAGUGGGAAGCUCUGCUCUGAAUCUCUUCGAGUGUUAUGACACGCGCACAGAGACGUGGCAGACGAAGCCCAACAUGUUGAUGCCUCGCUGCAGUCACGGCUCGGUGGAAGCCAACGGUCUCAUCUACGUCUGCGGUGGGAGUCUGGGCAACAACGUAUCGGGUCGAGUGCUGAACGACUGUGAGGUGUAUGACCCCAGCACAGAAGAGUGGAGGGUUCUGUGUGGGAUGAGAGAGGCCCGGAAGAAUCACGGUCUGGUGGUGGUGAACUCAAGAAUAUACGCCGUCGGUGGACAGAACACACUGGGUGGACUGGACUCAGUGGAAUAUUACGAGAUCGGCAGUAAUGAGUGGAAGAUGGCGUCGCCGAUGCCCUGGAGGGGUGUGACUGUGAAGUGCGCCGCCGUGGCCUCCGUCAUCUACGUGCUGGCCGGGUUUCAGGGUGUGGGGCGAUUGGGUCACAUCAUGGAAUAUUACACGGAGACAGACAAAUGGGUCGUGUCCAGUAAAGUACGUGCCUUCCCCGUCACCAGCUGCCUGAUCUGUCUGGUGGACACGUGUGGCACCAACGAGGAGGACAUGAAUUCCACAUCUUUACCCUCCUCCUCUGCGGAUGGGAGACUGUAGCAUUGCCACGGCAACAAAGAUGCGGUGCCUCAGAUGAGAUAUUGACUUGUUAUUGUGCUAAAAGAGUAGUGCUGUCUUGUACAUUUGCCGGACUGUAAUUUAGAAGAGACUGAUGCUUUCUCGUGUUUUUGGCUGCUGUAAGGAGGACUGAUGCUCAAAUGAUUGUCACGCUCCCUGCGUUAUUAGUUUACUUUUAAUGCUGGUUUUAUCAUUUUAAGAACGCUUUGGUUGUGUGUUUAUAUUAUGUGUAAACAAAGUUGUCACUGUUUUUUAAAUAUUGAGAUUUUUAUUAUCCUCAUGUUAAGGAGCUGCAGGAAUUCAGCUUUCAAACUUUUCUCAAAGUGAAUUUUAUCAGGUUGUGUUUUUUUUUAGUCAAGACAACCAAGCUGCUAAGUUUAGAGGACUUUAUUGUUUAGUACCACAAUAAAAUUGUGUCACCUGUGUUAUUAUUCAGAUAAUGUAUUUAUAAUCUUAGCGUGUUUAAUCAACUAUUGUCCACUAAAACAUAUAGACCCGGUUUCACAGACGAGGUUUAAGGCUAGUCCCAGACUAAAAUGAGUGUGUGACCUGUCUUAACUAAAUAUAACUUGCUCAGAAAUCUCUUAAACUAUAUCCGUGCCAUUGUUUUGUCUCGAGAUGCACACCAGAGAUGUAUUCUUCUAAGGUAUUUUUAUAAAAGCGACAUAAAUAUCUUAAUUCAACUAAGGCAUAGUCCUGGCUUAAACUAAGCUGUGUCUGUGCAACCGGGCCAUAGAAUCGAUUUUUUUGUAAAUUGAGUGUAACUUUGAUGUCCCUUGGUUGUACCAUAGUGCAGUGUAUUUUUAUUUAAGUAUUAAGCAUUUAAAAACGUGUUACUAUAAUAUUAUUAUUGGUUUGUCUUAGAAUGAUGUUCAGGAAAGAAAAAUGUGUUGAUAUUUUAGUCCGCACUGAAUCGGGUUGUAAUUUUAUAAUGUAUGUCUUGGUCAGUGGUUUGUUUAGUUACCGACACUAGGUGGCGCUUUAGUUUUUCUUUACGUAAUUAAAAACGGGAAUCCGUAAUUAAAUCAUU